AAGGAAGAAUCAGUGCAGCUGAGUCUGGCCAGCAGUUCGGAAGUUUGGAAGACAGCCGCUCACAAGUUUUACCCAUGAGAGAUCGGCUGACGGAUUAGCUUGUUUGUGCCUCUUUUAUUUUAUUUUUUUAUCGCGUUUUUUCCUACACCGUGGCGUGUUUCAGUCAAGAUACUUGUUAGACUGAAGAAGUCUCACAGAAUUUCGGACAUGAACACCGGGCCGGCUGUCGGGAAAUUCUGCGUGCUGCUGGCGACGCUCCUCCUUCUGGUGAGCUCUCCAUGCCGAGCGUCCGAGCAGCCCCCCUCAGCCCAGUGGUCCGCCCCGUCAGAUGAAGCCUUCAAGAACCUGACCGUCCUGCGCCGGCACAGGACUUGCGUGGAGAACCAGCAGUACCACUACCAAGGCCUCUGUUGCCUCAACUGCCAGGCCGGGACAUUUGUGCAGAAGGGGUGUGAGCGUGAUUACCAGCAGGGGGUGUGCUCACCUUGCAAGCAUGGACUCACAUACACUGAACACUCCAACGGCAUGUACAGAUGUCUGCCCUGCACGCACUGUCGUCAAGACGAGAUGGAGACAGCGUCUUGCACCACCACGUCGGACACCAAGUGUCAGUGCCGAGCGGGAACCUUCUGCGUGCCAGAUCAGGCCUGUGAGGUCUGCAAACGCUGCGCCAAGUGCAAAGCGGGCGAGGAGGAAGUGAAGAAGUGCACGCACUUUUCCAACACGGUCUGCCGAAAGCGAGACCCAUUUCCCACCCAAACGCCGCUGGACCGAACCCCACCCACCCCCACCUCGCCAGCAGACAUCAUGGUUCCCGUGCUGAGCUGCCUCUCCAUCGUCGUCGUGGUGUUAGCCGGAUUGGCCGCAUGGUGCUUCGUCACCAAGCGCUGCUCCUUCGAGGGAACGUGUGAGUGCGCCAAGAGUCACUGUGACACCAGCGAAAUCAUCAAGAUUCCUAUCGAUGAGAGCGCCCCCACAGCUGAGGAGUGCCAGAACAGUCGCAAUGCCGGCCUGGAGGGCGACCACUCCCGCCCGGAGUCCCGUCCGCUUCUGCAGGAGACUCAGGCAGGCAUGACCAACAACAAGGCCUCGCCGUCCCCGGAGGACGAGGACCGCGGGCUGGGCGACAGCUUGCCCAACACCACCAGCUCUUCACAGACCAGCCUGUCGGCGAUGCCCACCGCCGCCUCAUACGUACAUAGCCCCGCCUUUUUUUUUGGCCCAACAAGUAUGUGUCUGCCUUGUGUGUGGCUCACAGACGAGAUGGAGACAGCGUCUUGCACCACCACGUCGGACACCAAGUGUCAGUGCCGAGCGGGAACCUUCUGCGUGCCAGAUCAGGCCUGUGAGGUCUGCAAACGCUGCGCCAAGUGCAAAGCGGGCGAGGAGGAAGUGAAGAAGUGCACGCACUUUUCCAACACGGUCUGCCGAAAGCGAGACCCAUUUCCCACCCAAACGCCGCUGGACCGAACCCCACCCACCCCCACCUCGCCAGCAGACAUCAUGGUUCCCGUGCUGAGCUGCCUCUCCAUCGUCGUCGUGGUGUUAGCCGGAUUGGCCGCAUGGUGCUUCGUCACCAAGCGCUGCUCCUUCGAGGGAACGUGUGAGUGCGCCAAGAGUCACUGUGACACCAGCGAAAUCAUCAAGAUUCCUAUCGAUGAGAGCGCCCCCACAGCUGAGGAGUGCCAGAACAGUCGCAAUGCCGGCCUGGAGGGCGACCACUCCCGCCCGGAGUCCCGUCCGCUUCUGCAGGAGACUCAGGCAGGCAUGACCAACAACAAGGCCUCGCCGUCCCCGGAGGACGAGGACCGCGGGCUGGGCGACAGCUUGCCCAACACCACCAGCUCUUCACAGACCAGCCUGUCGGCGAUGCCCACCGCCGCCUCAUCCGGAGAUAGCCCCGCCUCCUGCAGGAUAAGCCCCGCCGCCAUUGAGGAUCCUCUACAGCACCGCCUGCUGCCACUGCAAGAGUCUGAGAAAUCACUGAAGAAGAGCUUCGACCUGUUCGACAAGUACCUGGACGUUCGGAUCCACAACAAGUUCUUCCGCAUGAUCGGCGUGAGCGACAACCACAUCCGCCUGGCGGAGAACGGCGCGGCCGGUGACAAAGUCUACGAGCUGUUGAAGAACUGGAUGCAGCGGCAGGGCCUGAAGGCUGACAUCAACCACCUGCUGCAGGCCCUGCUGGACCUGGACCAGCGACGCUCGGCUGAGAGCAUCGCCUCAGAGGCGCUGAGGCGAGGCUACUACAAGCACGACCACGCUCCCUGAGGGACGCCGCCGUCCUCGGGUGGGACUUACCUCCAUGUAUCGAGAGCCAGUAGUUUUUCUUUCGAAGAUUCCUAGGCGACCAUUUUUUUUUGAAGAAGAAAUAACUCGGAGAAAGAAAGGACUCUGCACAUACUCAGCGUCACCUGCUGGCGAGCACAUACACUGGUCUGGCGCUUGUGACGUCGCUCAAGUGCCCUCUCCGCCACUGGCACAAUGUCGUCACGCUAGCUGUUGGUUUGUCAUGGUGUUUUUGUUGUUGUUUGUUUUCAUCGUCUUUGAUGCACAGCCUCCUAUUGGCACAAUGUUGUUGCGUUGACCAAUGUUUUUUUUUUUUUUUUUU